AUGUCGUGGAACCGUCUUAUUCGCUUUGUCGACGACAACGACGUCGAGCACUUUGGCGAGCCACAUGUGCAAGAUGAACCGGAGAUCACGUCGCUUCUCGAUAAAGAUAACCUAUGGGCUACCGUUUACGAUGGUACCAGCCCUGUCUCAUCACUGACCAAAGGUGAACGGGUGCACGUCAAGGCCCUGAAACCUCUCUUGACGUCAAGGGACGUCCCGAUCAUUCGGUGUAUCGGCCUGAACUAUAUUAAGCACAUCAAGGAGGGUGGCAGGACACCGCCUCCGUUCCCUUCGCUAUUCAUUAAGCCAGCGACAUCAGUGGCUGCAUGGAAUGAGGAUGUGCCGAUCCCCAAGGUUGCCCAGGAUGGCACAGUUGAUUAUGAGGGCGAACUGGCAUUCGUGGUUGGAAAGUCCGGCAAGAACAUUCCCAAGGACAAGGCUCUAGAAUACGUGGCCGGCUACCUCACCGCAAACGACGUCUCGGCGAGAGCCUGGCAGAGAGACCCAGCCAAAGCCGGCGGCGUACCCCAGUGGUGCUUUAGCAAAGGGUUCGACAAGUUUGCCCCCUUCAGUCCGGUGUUGGUCUCUCCGGCGGUACUUGGAAACGCCAGCGACCUCCUGCUGCAGACCUUUGUCAACGGCGAGGAAAGGCAGCAUGAGACUACGGGCGACUUGCUCUUUGGCGUGGAGGAGAUUGUCAGCUUCCUCAGUCAGGGGACGACGUUGGAAGCCGGGACGGUAGUCUUGACUGGAACGCCGUCGGGUGUUGGGCUGGGCAUGAAGCCGCCAAAGUACUUGAAUGAUGGGGACGUGGUGGAGGUUAGGAUAAGUAAGCUGGGAGGUGUGAGGAACAAGAUGGUGUUUGAGUAG